AUGCUCUUCUCCACGAACCUCCUCGCCGUCUCUGCCGUCCUCCUCGGCGCCGCCCUCCAGGCACACGCCCACGCGGCGAUCGCGCCCAUGCUCGGUGUGAGCGGCACGCCCGCGCGCUCCAACGUGCAGCGCCCCUCGACCGCGAAGCCGUGCGGGAACGUGAACAUCGCGCAGACCUUCGCGUCCUCGGGCGUCAUCAAGCUCGCCGCCGACGACACUUUCCAGGCCACGAUCACCAACUUCAACGGCGGCGUCGACGGGUCCCGCGAGAUCGCGAGCGUCCAGGUCGACCCGAGCGGCACGGGAAAGAGCUUCGUUGCCGCGAAGAUGGUCAAGAACGGCACCAAGGCGCCGUCGAGCAACGCCUCGGAGCAGCUCACCGUGCAGCUCCCCGCGGGCACCAAGUGCACCGGCGCGGGCGGCAAGUGUCUCGUCACGUUCAAGACCGACGGUGGCUUCGGCAACUGCGUCGUCGUUCAGCAGGGCGCUGCGUCCGGGGCCGCGUCCGCGUCCAAGACCAAGGCAGCGACGGCGAAAGCCAACGCGAGCGCAAGCGCAACGACCAAGGCCAAGCUCACCACCGUCAAGACCGGCGGCAAGACCGCGAGCGCGGCGGCCACCGCGACGGACUGCGAGGAGGAGACCGUCACGGUGACGGUGACGGUGACGCCCACCGCGACUGCAUGA